UCAUUGCGACGGCGCUUGAGACCAUGGUCAUUGCGACGGCGCUUGAGACCAUGGUCAUUGCGACGGCGCUUGAUUCGCCUCACCCCCCCCCUCGCCUUUCCAUUCCCGUCUGUCACCCCAUCCAUCCAGGAUGGCGACAGCAUCAGCGCUGGGCAUUAUGGUCGGGGCCGCUGUGGGCGGAAUCCUAUUUAAGGCAGUUAUCCCCUCCCCACAGCAGCAGCAGCCCUGCUGUAUGCCAUAAACUCAUUCGUUAUUGUCACACGGCUGCAAGCACAGAGACUGGCUGCUGACUCGGCACCAGACCCUGCCUUGAGAAAGCGAGUGCUUUCGCUGCAAGGGCUCCUUCCCAAUGUCGCCAUACUGACUCGUCCCCGCGUGGCGGCACUCAUGGCAGUGCGGGCAGUGCUAGGCCUCGCUGUGCAUCUCUUCCGCCAAGGCUUCUCCCUACUCCUCAUCUACAGGCUGAAUCUAUCAGUGCAGACCAAUGGGCUGCUGCUGUCGCUGCAGGUUCUCCUCACCUCGCUGGUGCAAGGCCUGGCCAUCCGCGCCUUGCUGCAUCGCUCCCAAGACGCCUUCGUCGGCCCCUUUUCCUUCCAAUUUCUCCCCACCUCGCUUUCCGUUCCUGGUGCUCCUACUACCCCCUCUCGCCCUCUCGACUGGCGUUCUCCGCACCACUUACACCGCCCUCCUCACCACCUCUGUUGCCCAAACCGAGGUGGGGCAGCUGCUGGGUCUAUCAGACGCCAUCAUGUCUGCGUGCAGAGUGCUCGGUCCCUCUACCGCCGGCCUCGUCUCGUCCCAAUUCGGCUACCACGCCCCUGUCGCAAUCAGCAAAUCACGUCAAGGUCCCUGAAAUUUCACCCAAGUUACCGACCAGCCGAGUCAUAUGCUGCCCAGCUCACUGCACGGUGAGAAGUGAUUGGCUUAGGUCAGAACCUGCAGCACAGCUGUAUACUGAAGGCAUCGAUGUUGCACGAUGUGAUUGGUGCUAAGGCAAAUGUGGUUUCGUCAACCAGUAACAAAGCCUAGCGUUGCGCCAGCACACUAAUGCUGUCAUGCAGAGCGGGUGACAAUGAAGCAACAGGUGCAUGCAUUGCGCUGGCCUCUGGAAUGAAGGCCAGAUGCAGCCCCAUUGUCGUCUGUCCAUUCGACUCGAAUCGCGCCCCCCUCUCUUGUCGAGGUCAUCCUUACGGUAGGGCAAAAUUGCCCAUCUCAUUGACUCGUUGCCUAGCUUUCGCCUCCGUUUCACCUGUCGUGCAAGAAGCCCUCCAUCAUCUCUCUCACGUUGAUCGCUCUACGGCCCCCCACGUCGCCAUGGCUGACGCCGGCGACGAGGCUCCUGAGGACGAUGCUGACGGCCAUGUCGCAGCUAUGGCCGAGGCUCAUUCAGGGCUAGACAUGCUACUGUCUAGCCUGUCUUCGCUACGCAGCAAUCCUAGGGCAGUAGAGGCCCGUGCAGCACCCAUCACCGUCAAUGGAAAAGCGAGCAUUGUUACGAUGCCCGCAGUCAGAAAUACCCCACCCGCAGUAGCGCGACUGCCGUCGAUCCACCCAGCGAGCUUCCUCCCUAGAGGCUGUGCAAGCAAUGCCACCUGGCUGCUGGAGUCUUCCCGUUUCGGUUCAUGCUGCCGAAAUUUUGGUACCUGGUCUGUCGAUGUUCCAACCCGCAGACAGCGCAGGUCCAGCAGCUGUCCCGCCAAAGCCUGACGCGCGUGUGUUUCGAGACAGCACAGUCCCCGCUGCCGAAUCCCCGCCCCCAGCUGUACCCGGGCUGUCGUCUACUCAGCCUGCUCACAGCAGGUUUAAGACCCGUUGGUCGACGCGAUUCCCGUGGCUUGUCAUUUUAAAGACUGACUCUGGCUUGCCUGCCUUUAAGUGUACCCUGUGCUUGGAGCAUGCAGGUCUUUCUGGGAAGGCUGGCAAGCGUGGCCCAGGCCUAUGCGAUGCUCAGACUCAGGCGUUUACACGACACACGGGGUCCGGCAAGCACCAACUCGCUCUGCAGAAGCAGAACGAUCUGCUGCAACAGGCGACCAGACAACAACGCAUCGAUCAACAUCCCCUUGCCGGGGACCUUGAGAGGGAGCGCGUCACUGCCCUGCUGGAUGCCUUGUGGUUCUGCUGCAAGACUAACGAGCCGGCCGAGACAUGGAUCCGGCUUGUUUAGUACCUGGCGUCGUGGAAGGUGACGGGUUUCCCGCAGCAGGCCUACGGCAUCUACUACAACACGCGAGUACACAAUCAUCACCGCUUAGCUACGGACUUCAUUCUGGUACGGAUUCGGCGAAUUCACACUAGCAACGGCAACCUGGCUCCAAACAACGCAGCUUCACCACCUUCUGUCGAGUCCAUAGAUCGGCCUCAUGCUGGACGAGAGCACCGACCGCUGCCGAGGGAAGCACUUGAUCGUGUACGCCCAUUUCAUUCGCGACAACCGGUUGGUGUGCGAGUACCUGGCCUUGCUGACGGUGGACAAAGCCGAUGCGUCUUCACUGCUCGUCCUACUGCUUACCCACCUGAACGCCAUUGGGGUGGAUCUCCAGUGAGUCUCCGGCAUCAGCACUGAUGGGGCGGCUGUCAUGAUGGGGUCGAAGAGUGGGCUUGUUACUCGACUGCGCCAGCAAGUGCCUCACCUUGUGGCGUGUCACUAUAUUGCGCAUAGGGAGGCUUUGGCAGCCAAGGCAGCAUCAGAGGUGCUUCCGGUGUUCCAAAUUGUGGAUGACUUCAUCAAGGAGCUGGCGGAGUACUCCGGAAGAUCCGGCCCGUAGCACCAGCGCUUUCUCGACUUGCAAGACCUAUUCCUCUCGACUACCUUGGAGCUCCAGGGUAUUCACAACAUUCGAUGGUUGUCGAGAGGUGAGGCAAUCUCGCGGUUGCUGGCGGUGUUGCCUGAGCUUGUGGUUAUGCUAAGAGAGUUCCCGGACAACAGGCUCUACAGAAUUGCGACCAGUUACCACUUCUGGUUCUUCGUCCACUUCCUUGCUGACGUCCUCGAGCAGCUCAACAUCUUCAACAAGGGUUUUCAGGAGCGCGAGAUGGACAGCCUGACCGUCCACGUGUCCAUUCUUCGCAUCACCAGCCUGUUCCUGAGCCGCUACGUCGACUGCGGGGAUGAGUUCGGGGGUGGCCCGAAGGACCAUCUCACCAACUUCCUCACCUUUCAUGGUCCCGGCGGUUCUCGCGAGGUCACUGUUAGUGGCGUGGACUACGACGGGAGUCUCACGAGCUUCACGUUUGAGCUUCACGUUGACAUGCUGCAAAGGUACCCUGGGGGAGGGAAGCAUGACAACUGUGUGGUGGCUUGCAUGGACCUUGCGGAAGGGAUGGUGAAUAACCUGAACGAGCGCCUCGGGGAUCUUCGCAAGAUGGUAGGGGUAAAGCUGUUCUGCGUUUCCACCUGGCCAAAGGACUGGGAUCGGCAAGCGAGGAGGGUGCAGUGCUUGUGAGAAGAGUGGAACCACUCCAAGCACUGCGGGAGUUGUCACACUUCACCCCGAUCCUUGCAACACUUCCGAAGAGCGAAAAAAGCUUCCACGCCGGCCUCACUGUGAUGCUGAAGACAACAGAUUGGCAAGAUGCCUACCCCAACCUCAUGAAGCUGUGGGUGGCUGUGGCCGUGCUUCCGCUGAGCACCGUGGAAUGUGAGCAGGGAUUCUCUCGACAGAAUGUCAUCAAGUCGUGGCUGCGGGGUAGCCUGAAGGACACACGGCUGAGCGAUCUCAUGUGCAUCAGUCUGCUCGAUUAUGAGCCAAACUGGGAUGAGGUGGUGGACGUGUGGAGGGCAUACAAGAAGAGGAAGCCUUUUAGAACCGUAGCACAACCUAGGCUAGUCAAGAACAAGGGAAAUGAGGUGGAGGAGCGACCUGUAGAAGUGUCGACCAUGGAUUCUGCCAUGGAUGAAUGGGAUGAUAAGUCUUAAAUAUGAAUCAUUGCUGGAUCCUUUAACUAUGUACUGCAAGCUUUGAUGUUAUCGCAAUCAUUGCCGCGAUUGCUGCUUUCCUCUUCCACCUUGUGGUGAACCACCAUCGUCCCACCUCGGCAGCUUCAGGGAUUUCGUCGAAAUGACAUUUCCACUCAAACCUACUCGAUAGGGCUCCCGACACGAGGCUUUACUCUAAAGAAAGCCUGUUCAAAUUAGUAUAUCCUAUAAAUUUUAUUGAAAGUAGCCUAGGAGCUUAGCUAGGGAGCCAUGAAAGAUGGCGAGAGGUUUUAGGCUAGGGGUAGAAGUUACGAGAGGAAAAAAGGGUUGGACUAGAA